AUGCCAGCGCAGAUGCGUACCAUGGUAUCGCACAUUACUCGUCUCCAAAGUCUAAUUCCCGGAGAACCUCAAACAGGGGUGACAGCCGUGCAUACCACCUCGAUGACUCACGACUUGUACAAGGCAAUUGGUGAAGCCAACGAAAGAUUACGAGCAGCCAUUGAGGGUCAGGAGGUGCGCAAGCUCGAGCUGUUCGCUAAGGUUGUUGGUAGUGGGACGGAGUGGUACCAGCAGUGCAAUCUAUUCGUCCUCCAUUCCAGCGAGCUCAAUGAACUUCUACAAAUGUCUCCGCCAAAGGAUGCCGUUGGCUGGGCAGAGUACAUGCGUCAUGCCCUCACGUUCCUCAAGAUACAAAUGGCCGCUAUCACGAAAGUCAAGCCAUCCUCAGAGGAGAUGACCUCGCUGCUCGGCGCCAGCCUUUGCAAAGAGAAUGACUUCAACAUCUCCGCGUCCUUCUGUAAUAAAUUGAGCUGGAUGCUCGCGAAAUUCCGUUUGCUGCCUGGUGGAGGACUACACGCCUUUCAGAUCAUGAUGCUGAUUGUCUCUGAAGACUGGCCGCAUCGAGUAGCAGACUUUGUCGAGCAACCAGGCUCCAAAAAGUCGGUUGGCUGGGCUUUGCGCAACACAAGUUUCGCAGUUCUGCAGGAGCGCAAGCUAUGGUCCUCCAGUCAACACGAAGGCCUAGAGCAAAUGCAGUGUCAAGGCGGGUGGCUACAGGAUCCCAAGCUUGCGUACUGGAAUUACGCGCAGGCAUACAGGCAGCUGUGGGCCGCAUUCGUCAAUAAGGCGUAUGCCAUGUUCCCGCAAGCGAAAUCUGGGAUUCGUCUCCCUACUGCAGGACCGCGCCAUGGCGGAGGUGCGUGCGAAGGCACGGUGGAUGGCUGGUCAAUGGCUACCCGCCAGGCGGACGCAAAAUUUGCCUGCGGAGCUGGUGGAAGAGGUCGUCGAACGGGCUACUAUAGCGGAGGAGAUCAUGGUCACAGAGCCGAUUUGGGGCCUGAGGGGACCAUCGGCGCCGCCCCGGAGUCAUCUGCCACGUCGAUGUUGUGA